UGUGAUGCGCGUGCGCUUAGACGUCCCGCGAAAUUUUCAAAAUGGCGGCAGACUUGUGUUUUGGUCCAAAUUUUCAUUUUCAAAUUAUAUAUUCGUCUUUUUCAACGCGAUGACUCAGUCGAUAGUCGUGCAAGUUGGACAAUGUGGGAACCAGAUUGGCUGUAGAUUCUGGGACCUGGCAUUAAGAGAACAUGCUAGCACUAACAAGACAGGAGUCUUUGAUGAGUCUCUCAGCAGCUUCUUUAGAAAUGUGGACACUAGAUAUGACAGGCUAAAAGACAUCCCUGUUGGGAACUCAAAAGGAAAAAUAAAGUCCCUGAAAGCUAGGGCCGUCUUGAUUGACAUGGAAGAAGGGGUGGUUAACAACAUCCUCAAAGGCCCCCUCCAUGAUGUAUUUGACUGCCAGCAAUUGAUAACAGAUGUGUCCGGCUGUGGAAACAACUGGGCGACAGGACACAUGCUGUAUGGUCACCAGUAUAAGGAGCAGAUAUCUGAGACUAUACGUCAUGCUGCUGAACUGUGUGACUGCCUCCAAUGCUUCUUCCUUAUUCACUCUAUGGGUGGAGGAACUGGUUCCGGUGUCGGUACUUAUGUCCUUAACCUUCUCCAUGUUGACUACCCUGAUGUGUACCGGUUCACAACAGCAGUCUACCCCUCAGCUGAUGAUGAUGUCAUCACUUCACCGUAUAACAGUGUUUUAGCAAUGCACCAGCUAACUGAACAUGCUGACUGUGUUUUACCCAUUGAGAACCAAGCUCUGGUUGAUAUUUGCAACAAAGUGUCCAGCUCGCUACCCCCUUCAAGACCAGGUAAGCGAGUCAUGGCAACAGACUCAUCUCACUCACAUGUGAAAUCCAACAGCGCCAUCACUUCUGGUGAGGGUGGUAUCACUAAGGGAGCCGAUAAACCAUUUGACGCCAUGAACAACAUAGUUGCGAAUCUCAUACUUAACAUGACCAGCUCAGCUAGAUUCGAAGGCUCGCUGAAUGUUGAUCUGAAUGAAAUCACCAUGAAUUUGGUACCAUUUCCAAAACUCCACUACCUGGUGUCCAGUCAAACACCAUUGUAUGCGCUGACUGAUGUCAAGCUGCCACCACGACGCCUGGACCAAAUGUUCACAGAUGCCUUCUCCAAGGAUCAUCAGUUAAUCAAGGCAGACCCCAAGCACAACCUUUACCUAGCUUGUGCCCUCAUACUGAGAGGAAAUGUUGAAGUGUCAGAUAUAAGAAGAAACAUAGAGAGGCUAAAACCAUCCUUGAAGUUUAUCCACUGGAAUCAGGAAGGUUGGAAAACGGGUCUGUGUUCAGUCCCGCCGGUAGGGCAACCUUAUUCCCUUCUUACCCUGGCUAAUAACUCUUGCAUAAAGAACACAUUUGUUGAACUGAAGGAUCGAUUUAUGAAGCUGUACAAGCGCAAGGCCCAUGUUCACCACUACACGCAUGUGGACGGGCUGGAAGUGGGGCAGUUUGAUGACGGGUUGGAAUCUUUGUCAUGGUUGAUUCAAGAGUACGCGACACUUGACACUAAUGCUAUUCCUGAAGGACUGGAGAGACUUAAAAUUGCUUAGAUUGCUACAUGGGCUACCAUGGCCACCAGUAGCAGAAAUGUAUACUGGAAUCACAGGAGAUCACAUUUGAUUAAUACAAACUUUUGAACUAAGGAUUUUUUCAUAUACUAAAGAACACAUUUUGCCCCGCU